GUCAUCAGACUCAAAGUAAGCUAAUGGUUACACAGUACCUUUCUAGUCCUCCAAACGUUCCUUCAAGCCUCUCUCCCACCUACAUCCACCAAGGUUCAAGUCUAGCACUUAUUUCCAUCAGCAAACUUCCAAACACAGCCCUCAACCUCUUCCAAAUGUCAAACACAAGAAACUACACCUCCCCCCGCUGGAACAACCUCUCCACCUUCCGCACAAUCGUCCCCAUAUCCUCCCAACUCCACGCCCGCAACCAAAACCGCGAAAUCCCGUUUCUAGAAUCCCGACUCGAAAUCUUGAAUCGGCAUUUGCUGGACACAAACCAUGAGCUCAGAACCAAAAUCGACGAAUUGGAGGCGUGGAAGAAGAAGUGUGGGGAGUUGAAGAGGGAGAAUGAGGGAUUGGGGAGGGAGAAUAGGGGGUUGAGGGGGAGGGUGGGAAGGUUGGUGUUGGAGAAUGAGUUGUUGAGGGGGUUAGAGAGGGGGAGGAAGUGAGGUUGGUUUGAGAUGGGUGGUGGUUACACCGAAAGAUUAGUAUUAUUAUGGUAGACCUUGGGUAAAUUUGGCCUCUGAAUGACGACAAAAUGGUUUGCACUGGUGAAGGGGGAUUCUGUCGAG